AGGCUAUCAGAAACCAUAUCACAAUGGUCACAUUUAACUUGAGUGGCUACAACCCAGAUAUCUUCAUCCUGGUGGGGAUUCCAGGGCUAGAACAGUUCCACAUCUGGAUUGGCAUUCCCUUCUGUGUCAUUUAUCUCAUAGCUGUAGUAGGAAACUCAGUCUUGCUGUACCUCAUCAUCAUGGAGCGCAGCCUCCAUGAGCCCAUGUUCUUCUUCCUCUCCCUCCUGGCUUCCACUGAUCUGAUCCUGUCCACAGCUGGUGUUCCCAAAACUCUCAGCAUCUUCUGGUUUGGAGCCAGGGAGAUCACCUUCUCUGGAUGCCUCACUCAGAUGUUCUUCCUCCAUUACAGCUUUGUUUUAGACUCAGCCAUUCUGCUGGCCAUGGCAUUUGACCGUUAUGUGGCCAUCUGUUCCCCACUGAGAUAUAGCACCAUCCUGACUCCACAAGCCAUCAUCAAGAUCAUAGUAGGCAUCUGCUUUCGAAGCUUCUGCAUCAUUCUUCCAGAUGUUUUCUUGUUGAAGCGCCUGCCCUUCUGCCAGACACGGACCAUCCCUCACACAUAUUGUGAACACAUUGGUGUGGCCCGCCUCUCCUGUGCUGACAUCUCCAUCAACAUCUGGUAUGGCUUUGCUGUGCCUAUUAUGACUGUAAUAUCAGAUGUAGUGUUGAUUGCUGUCUCUUACACACUUAUCCUCCAUGCUGUCUUCCGCCUCCCAUCUCAUGAUGCCCGUCAGAAAGCAUUGGGGACCUGUGGUUCUCAUGUCUGUGUCAUCCUUAUGUUUUACACGCCAGCCUUCUUCUCCAUCCUUGCCCACCGAUUUGGACACAAUGUUCCUCGAACCUUCCACAUCAUGUUUGCCAACCUCUACAUAGUAAUCCCACCAGCCCUCAACCCUAUUGUCUAUGGAGUGAAGACAAAGCAAAUAAGAGACAAAAUCAUCAUCUUGUUCUCUCCAAAAGGAACCCAGUGA